AUGGGUGACUGCGGUGAAUGGCGCUCUAACCCCUUCAAUGAGAUGGAUGGGGACGGUGGGAAUCAAGAGGAGCGCAAUCAACCGAAUAUUCUUGUGCCGGAGGUGAGUGACGCAGUCUCUGAGGAAGACGGGAACGAAGUUGUGCUGCGUCUGCGCGGACUUGAGAAGAGUUAUCCCAUCGAGGGCACAGAAGAACGCGUGGUGGCGCUGAGGAAUUUGAAUUUGUGCGAGGACUGCGGUCGGGACGGGUUUGGUCCUAUUCGCCGCGGUGAGUUUGUUAUGAUUCGUGGACCCAGUGGCGGAGGUAAGACGACGUUGCUGAGCAUCAUCGGUACCAUUGAUCUGCCGACAAGCGGCACCAUCGAGCUUAUGGGGACGGUGAUAAACGGCAGUACACCCGACAGUUUAUUGGCGGACCUUCGGCUGCGUAAAAUUGGAUUUGUCUUUCAGACUUUUAACUUGAUCUCAACAAUGACAGCGUUGGAAAACGUGGAACUGCCCAUGACAUUGCUGGGUGCCUUGUCCGCGAAGAAGAGGCGAAUUCGUGCGUUUCGAUUGUUGGCUCUUGUCGGGUUGCGUAACCGCCUGCACCACCUGCCGUCGGAGCUCAGUGGUGGCGAGCAGCAGCGGGUCACCAUCGCGCGCAGCCUGGCCAACAACCCGCAGCUGCUGCUCCUGGACGAGCCUACCGGAGACUUGGACACACUGAACACAAUCCAGGUGAUGGAUCUUCUUGUGCACCUCAACCGCAUUACAAAGACGACGUGUAUUAUGGUGACACACAACCCCGAUGUUGAGUGCUAUGCGGAUCGUAUUCUGUACGUUGCGGAUAGUCGUUUUGUCAAGGAGGUGCGCAACAGCUGCCCUCAGCGUCUUGUGUACGAGGCUUAUGUGAAGAACCUUGAAAAAAGAGAAGCUGAGUCCACCGCAGUCGUGUGUUCUUUUCAAGACCCCUGA